AAUUCAAGCGAUACAUUUACAACAAUAAGGCAAACAUCACACCUGAAAACUUUUCAUCCUCUCUAAUGAAAACAACGAGCUGACGUCACAAGAGAGAAGGCAUAGAAUAACCCGGCCGAGCGGAAUAAACCUAAAAGGACGGUUCCCCCCCCCUGCGAAGGAAGCUUUACGCUUCCUGGUUGGUCGCACACCUGACGCGGUCGCGCGUGAGCACUGAGUAGGCGGAAGAGGAUCCGCGCGAAGCUCCGCCCCCCUUCCGUCCGUCACAUGACAGGAGCAGGAAAACCUCCAGCCCGACUCCUCUCCUCCUCCUCCUCCUCCUCCACUUUAUCUCCGUCUGGUUGUUUUCUCCUCUUGGACAUUUCAGUAUCGCGGCGCCUUGCAGGGAGUGAAGAUGGCGGACACGGCCCGGGAUCUCCCACCGCUGCACACCGACUUCCAGGAGGCGGAGGACGGGGAGGAUCUGUUCCCAGAGCCGGCCGCCGUGCAGGAGGAGUCAGAACCAGCCAGUCUUCCAGCUGAGGAUAUCAGCAUCAGCUCUAAUGGACCCAAACAGGACUCUCUGUUUGAUGAUGACCCAGAGGACCUUUUUGCUGAAGCGACAGAGGAGGUAUCGUUGGACAGUCCAGAGAGAGACAUCCUCCUCUCAGACGGACCCUCCCCAGCAAUCACCCCCAUCACCCCUCCGACCUCCGUCAUCACCCCUCACAUUGGCCUGCCGCCGGACAAUAUCUUCACACACACAUCUUUUGACGAGCUUGAGGAGGAGGAAGGGGGAGACUCUUUCGACAUCCACAUCUCCGUGUCUGACCCAGAGAAAGUCGGUGAUGGGAUGAACGCCUACAUGGCCUACAAGGUGACGACCAAGACCUCCAUGUCUCUGUUUAAGUGUGGGGAGUUUUCGGUGAAGAGGCGUUUCAGUGACUUCCUGGGUCUCCACAGCAAACUGGCCUCCAAGUACCUGCACGUAGGAUACAUCGUCCCACCCGCCCCGGAGAAAAGCAUCGUGGGCAUGACCAAGGUGAAGGUGGGGAAGGAGGACCAGUCAUCUAAUGAGUUUGUGGAGAAAAGAAGAUCUGCCUUGGAAAGGUAUCUGAUGAGGACGGUCAAACAUCCCUUCCUGCUGAAGGACCCGGACCUCCUGCAGUUCCUGGAAAGUUCUGAGCUGCCGCGGGCGGUUAGCACCCAGGCGCUGAGCGGCGCCGGCAUCCUGCGGAUGGUGAACAAGGCCGCGGACGCCGUCAACAAGAUGACCAUCAAGAUGAAUGAGUCGGACGCCUGGUUUGAGGAGAAGCAGCAGCAGUUUGAAAAUUUGGACAUCCAGCUGAGGAAACUUCACGCCAGUGUGGAGUCAUUGGUCUGUCACCGCAAAGAGCUGUCCGUCAACACGGCGUUUUUUGCCAAGUCGGCGGCCAUGUUGGGGAACAGCGAGGACCACACGGCUCUGUCCAGAGCUCUGUCCCAGCUGGCGGAGGUGGAGGAGAAGAUCGACCUGCUCCAUCAGGACCAGGCCAACGCCGACUUCUUCCUCUUCUCCGAGCUGCUGGGGGACUACGUACGGCUCAUCACCGCGGUCAAGGCGGUGUUUGACCAGCGUAUGAAGACGUGGCAGAAGUGGCAGGACAGUGAGAUGCUGCUGCUGAAGAAAAGAGAAGCAGAGGCCAAACUCCAGUACACCAACAAACCAGACAAGCUGCAGCAGGCCAAGGACGAGAUCAAAGAGCUGGAGGGGAAGGUACAGCAGGGAGAGCGAGACUUUGAACAGAUCUCCAAAACCAUCCGGAAGGAAGUGAGCAGAUUUGAGAAAGAGAGAGUGAAGGACUUUAAAGCUGUCAUAAUCAAAUACCUGGAGUCCCUGGUGCAGACACAACAGCAGCUGAUAAAGUAUUGGGAGGCCUUUUUACCCGAGGCGAAGGCCAUCUCAUAGAGUCGGUCUGCGCAGAACGGUCCUGAUGGGCUCCUGUCAAACUACACCUCCCACAAUCCACCUCUGCUCCUGGACCACCCCGACCACCCCUCUCUCCCUCCCCGUUCCUGUCUCUCUCUCCUGUUUGCAGCCAGAGGAGGGUGUAGUGAGGAUGCAGAUCAAGUUUUUUUCUCCUUUAUUACUUAAUUCCGAUAAUUGUACUGUUGUAUUGGUAAUUUCACUCAACGGCUCGCGUAUACCGCCCCUCCCUCCCUCCCCCCCGACGCCAUUCCGUCGAACAGUCUCCUUUGACCCUGUGAUGUCAUCAGAAGGCGACAGAUUUCCCCUCUGCGUCACCUGCUCAGUCUGCCGGUGGUUGGGGCGUUGCCGGCGGCGUUGUUUUAUUUUGUAUGUCGUCAACUCGGCGGCGGGGGGGGGGGACAUGUUGCCGCCGCCAUACUUCAGUUAACAAAGGCGGCGGCGGCCAACAAGCUCCACCAUCCCUCGUUCUGUCGGCGACUAGCCGCCUCACCCCCGUUUCGGUGGAGGAUGCUAACAAUGCUAGCAAGGUGGCGUUGAGAAAACACGUGUAAGGGUAGAUGUUUUGAUUAUUUUUUCCCAUAAUGCACCGAGUGUGUGGCGAUUGGGGGGGCGGGCUUGGAAAAAACGUCAUGUCAUUAUUUCAUGGAAGUGAAACGUCGCGUCGUGUACGUUCUGUCGCCGGUUCAAUUCCCGACUUUCCUCUCAAAGCUGAUGACGGUGUUGCUGUAUGAUCGCAAGGGAAGGCAACGUUUUCAUUUUCCCGCUUUUUUUUGUGAGCCCUCGAGAGCGGAAGGGGAAGCGUCUCGCGCGCUGGUUCUUCUUCGCCGCUCUGUGACGAACGCCUUCUCUCCUCCAAAACGCGGACGUUGAGGAAACAGCUUGAGAUUUAUUUCUUCGCGUCUUACUAUUUAAAUCUUUUUCGAAGAUAUUCCGUUUCCGGGCUGUUUAAAUCGAGGACCUUUGAUGUACAGGGCCGUCUCUGUCUGAAAGCCCCCCCCCGAUGUUCCCGGCGUGGAGGUUUUGCUGGAGUCGCGGAGGCGGGAUUCCAUGUUCAGUUUGAAAGUCCCGCCUUUUGGAGAAACGCGUAACUUGGGCGUUUCGGGGUUUCCGCAGAACGGAAGGAUCGAAGGGCUUUGCCAGGAAGUGCUGGGCGCGGUCGGUGGAACGUUACAUAUAUAUACAUUGUAGCGAAUUCGGGGGGACAACGCAACCACAGGAACUACCGCGGCCGGGACGCGAACCCGUGUCGCCCGCACCGCAGGAGAUAUCGCUAACCGCUCGACUAAAGGGUCAGACCCAGCGGCCAGCGUGUCUUCUUCUCCAUGCACGUUCCCAUAUAUAUAUAUCUAUCUAUAUCUCUCAAACUUUUGCUAGUCUCUCGGGUCACGCCCGCCGGAAACACUACCGUAUUUUAGGAAACCACGUCGCUCAGCACGUUUCUCCUCUCCACAUCGCGAGACUUGACUCGGCUAAACACAAACGGGAGGAUCAAGAGCUCCCCUGCAUACGCGGUGCGCUAGCGUCACCUGUUAGCAUGUUAGCAUGGGACACGCUACUUCCGCUUGUCGAGGUAGAAAACAUUCCAACCUUCCGUCCCACGUGGCGCCCGGAGAGGCGGGGCGGGGACAACACAAGUAGGUCUAGAAAAGUCGAGGGAGGACUUGCGUCGGGUCGAAGCGAGACGGCGUCCGGCUGA